AUGAACAAUCCCGAGCAGACCCAGAACCCUACACCAAAUCAGGGCAGCACCCGCCGUCGAAGCUCUGGCUUCAUGCCUGCAUUUGAGGGCCUUUCCCAACAUCAUCAAAAUGCCAACAACAGCGCUCGGCGCCAGAGCAUGACCGACCAACAGUCCAAGCCGGGCAUCUUUGGCCAGCUCUUCCAUAGGUUAGUUCAUCCGAGCCUCCGACCGUCUCUAUGCCUAUAUCUCGUCUAA